CAAGAACAUUACGACAUUGCCUUCCUGUUGAUAGAUAGUGGUGCCAAAUUGAACAGUCAUAAGUGUAGAUGGGACAGAUCACCCAUCCAUCUAGCAGCAUUGAGAGGAAAUGUUCGUUUGAUUGCAAAGUUAAUAAAAAAAUGUCCAGACCUCGUGCACAGUCGAUGCCAUUUUUUGCAUCAAACACCUUUACUUUGUGCUUCAAUGACGAAUCAUGUUAAGGCUAUUAAACUGUUACUUUCCCUUAAUGCAGAUGUCAACGCAAAAGAUGUCUAUGGAAAAACAUCCCUGGCCAAAUCAGUGGAAAAGCGAUGUACAAAAGCAAUUUUGUGUUUGCUGAGACACGGGGCAGAUCCUAAUAUGAAAGAUGAAGAAGGCCGGACGUGCCUCUUUUUUCCCUCCCUCAGUCAUGAUGUUAAGAUGGUUGAUCUCAUCCUAUCUCACACAACCAUCGAUGUUAACGCGAGGGACUUCCUUGGCAAAACUGCUCUCCAUCAGGCCUGU